UACAUCUGGUGACGUGUCAGCUUGUUUACAUGCGUCUUUGAGGACCAGCUGCUGACAUGGCUGUGGACAUAACCCUACUUUUUAAAGCCAGCGUCAAAACCGUCAAAACCAGAAAUAAAGCAAUAGGAAUCGGAUUCGAUUCCACGAAAGAUGAGAUUCUUAAGCGGAGCAGACCAAGAAGCGGCUUCUCUCCGAAGGCAAAAGAAGUGAUCAGUAACAUCACCAAGCUCAAAGACUUUCUGCUUCAGCACAGGAAAGAUUAUGUGAGCGCCGGAAGCCUCAUCUCUUCAGAUUUCACGCGCAUGACGGACAGCGAACGAGACCAGAUCGACCAGGAUGCUCAGAUCUUCAUGAGGACCUGCUCUGAAGCCAUCAAGCAGCUGCGCAGCCAUGCUGAGAAGCAGGUGUCCUCAGUGCAGGUGAAGGAGCACCGAGCAGCAGUGAUGGAGCUGAUCGAAAUGUAUCUGAAAGGAGUGUGUAAACUGUACUCGGAGCAGAGAGCCAUCAGAGUAAAGAAGAUGGUGGACAAGAAGAGACUGUCACGGCUGGGACCAGAGCAUCACAGUCGAGGAGCAGAGAAGCGGCUGGAGGAGGAACCUGUCGGUGACAAGAGUAGCAAGGAGGAAGUUUCAGUCGACAGGAGUGUGUCAGAGGUCCAAGACAACAGUGUGAACCUGUGGGAGGAGCCUAGAGUAGAAGAUGAACUGUCCCCGGAGGAGAUCCAGAUGUUCGAGCAGGAGAAUCAGCGGCUGGUCAGUGAAAUGAACAGCCUGGUGAAUGAAGUCAGGCAAAUCGAAGGCAAGGUCGUGGACAUCGCAAGACUGCAGGAAAUAUUCUCAGAGAAAGUCCUGCAGCAAGAAACGGAGAUCGACAACAUCCAUCAGCUGGUGGUCGGUGCCACGGAGAACGUCAAAGAAGGGAACGAGGAUAUACGAGAGGCCAUCAAGAACAACGCCGGCUUCAGAGUGUGGAUCCUUUUCUUCCUGGUCAUGUGCUCCUUCUCUCUGCUCUUCCUGGACUGGUACGACAGCUAACACACGUGACGGCGAGCUGAGUCGGCACGCGGGGCUCGUCUCCUGAAGAUAUGCUUCGAACAGCUCAACCUCCUGGACUUGAGGACAACUCUGUCGUAGUUGUUGACUCUGGACUGAAGAUGGAUCUGUGACCUCCAAUGAUGCCUGCAUCACCUUCCACCGCUAAGAUCAUGUUUGAGCUUGAAGACGCUAUAAACCUACUCAUGCACUUGGACACCUCACCUAGGUCUUAAAUAUAUUGAAAUAAAAUCUCAAGUGUCUCACACCAUUUAUGUAUUGUCCUUCUAAUUUAAUGGUCCGCACGGUGUUCCACGUCCAUGUUGCUCACUUGUACAUGAACGUGAAGUUAAAUUGUCGACAUGAUAGUCCGACCAGGUGUUCGCUCUGCACCACGCUGCUCUACUCCACACUCACACUUGUGUUAGGUGACUUGUGCGGUCAAAUGUGAAUGAUCACUCAAGCCACUAGACGUCAGCAUUGGCUCCUCUCAGGAUAAACAGACCAAGACGUUCGCCGACAUGACAGUUUUCCUGGUAGUGUUGUAGUACUUCCAUCCGCAUUUGCCAAGAGAAGGGAGCGCUCCGGCUGGGGAAAGCAAUGAGAGGUCCUCACAAAGAUAUGAAUAUAAACGUUACAAGUCACAGUAAUAUUAUUCAUAUAACGGCACAUGGUCCUGUCACUGUCUUAUUGAUUUUUGCAGCAUAAAUAUAGAACUCAAAGAUUAUUCUACUUUUCAUAUUCAGUUUGUGAUCAGAUUUUUUUCUGCUUUUUAUGAUCUGUAACCCAGAUAUUAUUUCAGUUCUUGAUUCAUUUUGGAAAAAUGACUACUGUAUCUUAUUCUUAUGUUCUUUUGGGUCUUGGUCUGGACGCGGUCUCCAUAUGCUCCUGUCUCAGUCUUGGUGGUCUCGACAAUAACACCAACUAUUGGUGAGAAAAUGUGGGCACUUUAUUUCAGUUCAACAUUUCAACGUAGCAAAUGGUUUUUUCAAUACACCGUUUGAAAAAAGUUACAUCAUUCGUGACAGUCAGAGAAAUCAAAAAGCCACGGACAAGCAAAACUACUUUCAAGUUUUUCCACGAAAACACUCUCACCGUGGGCCGCCGACAACCUUCCACAGACAUGGACACAAAGGCUUCGUGAAGUUUUUUUUUUUGUACAUUUCUGCGUCUUCACUUGCGAUGCACAUUCAACACUGUAGCGUAAAGAUUCGGCUGAGCAGGGAACAGCUGAGUGGAGCCAGAAGAACAC